AUAUUAAGAUUUGAGACGGAGGACGUUGUAAAACAAUUUAUAGAAUAUUUAAAAAUAAGUGAGAAUGAAGCUAAAGCAUUGUUUCUUAAAAAGUCAAAAUGUAAAUCAUAUAGCAUCGAUACUACAAAGUUAAAAUCUCACUUUGAAAAGGUGUCAGAGGAUAAUGAUGAUCAGGAUUUAGAGCCUUACUUUAUAGCAUAUCUCUUGAUCAUGUUGGGAAUUGUGGUUAAUCCUAACAAUACCAGAGGUAUUUCUGCAAUGUUUCUACCACUCCUAGUAAAAAAAAUCAAUAAGUAUGCUUGGGGCACAACAAUGUUUGAUGUCCUCAAAACAUCAGUAGAUGCAAUGAAGAAAAAACUUCUUAAAAAGAUAACCACAACCCUAUGUGUAUUUGCAUUAAAGCGUUUUCGUGUUUUCGUGUCUUACGAAGUGAAGUAUCUCCACCAUCUAGUUUUCCUUUAA